CGGAGCGCCCGCCCCGCAGGGAUCCGGGGGAGGAUCGGCGGAGCGCCGCCGCUUCGCCCCGCACUCUACGGGGCCGGGGGCCGCCGGCGGCCGUCGGUCCCCAACUCGUCCGCGCCGCCGCCGCCGCGGGAGCGAAGGGAAGAGCCGAAUCCCCGGCCGAGCGGCGGGAGAAGACUAUGGCGACGUGAGCGGCGGCGCAGCUCCCGACCCGAGUCCCCGCGCCCCGGCGCAGCGCAGAAGCUCCCCCGGCGCCGCCGCUGCUCAGAGCGGCCUCCGGCCCCUCAGCCUUUCUGAGCGUGAGCGGCCCGAGUUUUAAAACAGUCUUCCUUCCGAAGAUGUGGCAUUGAAACGGACGGCUCCCUGAGCCCCUUCUAGCCGAGGCGGCCCCGCUGGCCGACAGCUCAAAUAUUCUCUACCUUGGAGGCUCUUUCUCUCCCUUUUGUUGAUAAAGAUGAGAAGAAAGAGGAGAUUGGAGGAUUUUCAUUUUAUCUUUUUUGGUGUGCUCUGUCUCCUGCUCAUAGACAGAGGUAAACUAGAACAAGGAAAACAUUCAGAUACAUACUGUGUGUUUCAAGACAAGAAGUACCGUGUAGGAGAAAGAUGGCAUCCUUACCUAGAACCCUACGGACUUGUUUACUGUGUUAACUGUCUCUGCUCAGAGAAUGGAAAUGUACUGUGCAGCAGAAUAAGAUGUCCAAGCCUACACUGUCCUUCCCCUGUGCACGUACCACAGCUGUGCUGCCCGCGAUGCCCAGAAGAUUCGCUGUUCUCAGUAAGCAGCAAAAUCACUGGGAAAUCCUGUGAAUACAAUGGCACCACCUACCAUCACGGCGAAAUGUUUGUGGCAGAGGGGCUUUUCCAAAACAGGCAAGCAAACCAGUGUGCCCAGUGCAGCUGCUCAGAAGGAAAUGUGUACUGUGGGCUGAAGACCUGUCCCAAAUUAACUUGCUCUUUCCCAGUUUCUGUUCCAGAGUCCUGCUGUCCAGUUUGCAGAGGAGAUGGAGAGUUAUCCUGGGAGCAGGCUGAUGGAGAUAUCUUCCGGCAGCCAGCCAACAGGGAAGCUAGACACUCUUACCACCGCUCCCACUAUGAGCUGUCACCCAGCUCCACCAGGCAGGUAGUCAAUGUCCCACGAUUUCCAAGUGCCAGGAAUAACCGCGGAGUCCUACCAGAUCCCCAGCAAGCAUCAGGAACAAUAGUACAAAUUGUUAUCAACAACAAGCACAGGCACGGACGAGUUUGUGUUUCAAAUGGCAAAACAUACUCCCAUGGUGAAUCCUGGCAUCCUAAUCUCCGAGCCUUUGGAAUUGUAGAGUGUGUGCUGUGUACCUGCAACAUCACCAAACAAGAGUGUAAGAAAAUUCAUUGUCCAGAACAAUAUCCCUGCAAAUACCCUCAGAAAGUGGAAGGAAAGUGCUGUAAAGUCUGUCCAGAAGAAGUGCCAAGUCAAAGCUUUGACAACAAAGAUUACUUCUGUGGGAAAGAGACCUUUCCCGUCUAUGAAUCCAUUUUCACAGAGGAAGGAGAAACCAUCAGAAAAAUUGCAGUAGAGACUGAAAAGUCACCACAAAUAGAAAUACACGUGUGGACAAUCAGAAAAGGGAUUCUCCGUCAUUUCUACAUUGAGAAAAUGUCCAAGAGGGAAUUUGAAGAGCUUCCCUACUUCAAACAGAUAACAAGGACAACCUCUAGCCAGUGGAAAAUAUUUAGCGAGGGAGAAGCUCAGAUCAGCCAAAUGUGUGAAAGCAGAGUGUGCAGGACUGAGCUCGAGGAUUUGGUAAAGGUUUUGUACCUUGAGAAGUCUGAAAAGGGUCACUGUUAAGGGAGACAGCACUGGAGGGAGAAAAACAAGAAAACUUAUGAAAACUUGGAUCUGCAGCUGGACUGCAGGCUUAUUUUGCUUAAGUCAACAGUUGCCCUAAAACCAAAACUAUAAUGCAGUAAUUAUUCACAUCAUGCACAGCAAAUUUGCUGCUUUAUGUGUAGUGGUCUGUGUCAAUCGUUCAAAUAUCUCCUCCAAAAUUCUAGGAGGCUCUGUGUUACUGGUGGGGGAAGCAGAAAGAGAGACUGUACUUUCCCAGAGUUGCAUUUCUUUACAAGUUAGAAAGAGAAAACAGAAUGCUUUUAUUAUUUGGCAAGUUAUUCAAACUAAUGGAAAGAAGGACACCUAAUAAAUGUGCAGGAGCUGUGGAGAGCAUUAUUUCCUGUGCCGAGCUCAUACCAUUUCUGGAGUUGAAAUGGCUUGUGAAUUUCUUUUUAAGUAGUGGAAGAAAAAUACAAGUGCUGCAGUACUUGUGUUGGAGACAUAAAAAAACAGAUUUAAACUAACAAACUCCUAAGCAGCCUGCCUUUGGGAUGAUGUCUUGUUGUUGAGCAAACAGAGUCCAUAAACUGAACAGCAGGUGUUAGUGGCAAUCACUAUAUUUUUGUAGCAACUUGAGCAAAUGUUCGCUUUUAAGUGGUUUUCACUGUUUCCACCACCCACUUCUCUAAAAAAAAUGUACGUAUUAUCUCUCAAUCACAACCCUAAUAACUUCAUUCUUCUGGGCCUGAUUAACACGUGGUCUUGGCUGAUAGACUGCCUUGUAAAGUGAUGCUGAAGAAGGUGGUGAAGUACUUGCAGCACUUUCAGAAUUCCUAGGGGGUUGCACCUGCCAAUUAAUAACUCCUUCAUUACAACAGAGCUUAAUUUAUUUGUUCUGGUUUGUUACAAAGCUAAUCUGCAUUUUUUUUCUGAUGGUGACUUCCCAAUUCUCAAGCUUCAAGGACAGAUUUCCCCCAUGACAAAUACCAAACAGCUACAGCAAGCCUUUAGAACGCAGUAGCCCUACGAAAACUCUUAUCUUUGUGAAAAAGAAUUUUGAGAUACUCUGUUAGACUUAGUAAUAGGACGUCUACAGUGUUUAAGAAAGGUGGCUCUCAUCUGCCAAAAAAGAAGCAGAAGGCUGUUAUUUUGAAAAAAUAUUUUCUCUGAAGAGUCACCAUAAUGCUGCACUGCCCGGGGGCUGCAGUGUUGGGUGAAUUCCCAAGAAGCAAAUGACUCUGCCUGCUUUGCCUCCAUUUUCUGCUCCACAAGUGGGAAGGAACACUGCUGUUCAAACACACACUAGGAAAUAAAGCUUUGUGGAAACAAUCUGAACCAGGGGCUGGGCCUUCAUAGGGAGUGAAGUCACAGUGACUGCGAGGAUUUUGAGGUUUGUUGUUCUGCCAGCAACAGCACUGCAGGGGUGUACCCAUUUCUAAGGGAUGGAGGUGUGGGAGUUCAUUCAGUUCAGUGCUGAAUGCCACCUCCCUGCAGCUCCUCUCAGCCAGGCUGCCUCGUGCUGCCCAGGCCCUGCUCUGCUGCAGGCAGCACGGCGUGGGGCUUCCCAGCAAAGAGGAGCAAGUGAGAAAAACAGGCUGAAAGGGGUGGGAAAGCUGGAGGGAACUGGGCAAAUAACUCACUGAGUGAUCCAGGAUGUUGUAACUCCAGGAUCCUGCAUAUAAUCACCACAUUGUCCCUUGGCCUGGGCGCAGAGUGGCUAACAUAGAGGAACACUUCCCUCCCUGCCAAGUGCUCGACACAGUUCACCGUGUCAGAAAACAUGCUAAAAAGGGAGCGUGCAGGUGGAUUUGCAAUAAUAAAACACUAGUCUGAUGUCAGUAAGAACCAAACCUCAUCAGGCUGCAGUGAGGACAGCUCCAGCAUGGCUCCUGCACAGACACAGCCCUACCAGCAGAAGUGCCCAGCAAGGCCACAGGAAGCCCAGGCUUGGCAUCCCUCCUGCUCUGACCUGCUGCAGGGCCACUCCUCGCACUGCUGGCCCUGUUUCACCCUUUCUGAAAUCCCCUUUUCCUGAGGUUUCACUGCUGGGCCCAGCCAUUGCCUUUGUAGCCAUGUGACAGCCCAGCCUCUCCUCACAGAGCCCAGCGGGGCACAGACUAUCACUGGUAACGUGCUACGUGCACAGAGUCUGAAUGGACACCUAGCCAUAAGAAAGACAAAGUGAUUUGUCCCAUUGAGUUUCCAUGGUAUCAUUGCCUCCAUAAGUGCUGUGCGGGUGUUUGGAAGUGGAGUAGGGCAUCCUAACCAAGGUCCUGAGGCCUCACUGCACCAGAGGUCACUGCAAAAUAAUUAACUGUGGAAGCACCAGCUUGGUCUUAGCAAAACCCACAGCACGUGGCAUCUAUUGAAUUCAAAUGUGCUGUAGAAGUGCUAAAUCUCACUAGAACUCUUCUGAUAAGCCAUGAAUUAUCCUGAUCUUUCCUUUGGUGAAGACACCGUAAGGAAGACCGAGGAACUGUAGCGAUCUGGUGGGAAGAGCAGUUGCCUUCUCACCUCAUGGGCAUAGUCUGUAGCAGUAGCUGGCGAACAAAGACUGAGGGGAAGUGUACAGUGUUGGUGUUUUUAUGAAGGCGGCAAUCAGCUUUUUGUAUUUGUGACAGGACUGGUGGAGUCCAGAUUGUGUAUUUAUUUUAUAAUAAACACUUUCUAAGAAAAGCAAAAAAAAAUCAUAAGCACCAUCUAGUAAAAUGCAGUGUUGCAUUUUUGCAGUUUUUCAUCACAUAGGGAAAUAAAAUACACAGUGUCAUCAUGCUUUCAAUUCUUUUCAUGGGACGUAUGUCUGUUACGGUACUUAUUUAUGUACUUGUAUCACUUCAACCUGGUUUUAUAAGUUA